CUCAUCCCCUCACUGUGUGUCUGUGUGUUCUUGUCUCUUGACAGGUCUGUGAGGAUGAGAAGGUCUCCACAGUCUGGAGUCUGGUCUCUGACAGGCUCAAAAUACCUGUCAAUCAACAGGGACUCCUCUACAAAGGCAAGGCGCUGGCAGGUCUGUGAGGAUGAGAAGGUCUCCACAGUCUGGAGUCUGGUCUCUGACAGGCUCAACAUACCUGUCAAUCAACAGGGACUCCUCUACAAAGGCAAGGCGCUGGCAGAUGAGCACAGACUGUCACACGACUCCAUCGCUCCCGAUUCCAAGCUGAACUCGUUGUGACGCCCCCAACAGAGAAAGUGUCACCCUCGCAAGAACAGCACUCCCUGUGUCACCCCUCCUCUCAGACCUCACCCCUCACCCUCGCCUCACCCCUCCUGUCACACCUCACCCCUCGCCACACCCCUCCUCUCACACCUCACCCCUCCUCUCACCCAUCGCCUCAACCCUCCUGUCACCCCUCGCCCCUCCUCUCACCCCUCGCCUGACCCCUCCUCUUACGCCUCGCCUCACCCCGGGUCAGUGUGGCACAGCCUGCCUGCUCUUCUGAACAAACACUUCAGCCCUGCCGACGCAGUGAGAGUCUGGAGCAGCAACACAAGGAUUACGAGCGGAGGCUGCGCUUGUUGAGCCUGGAUGAUAUGGAGCGGCUGGCGACUCGCAUGCUUCACCCUGAGGCUGUGGAGUGCAUGGAGCUGUCCUUCCUAGACUGAGGAAUACUGCUGCUGCCCUCUCCACCUCUCCCCUCUCUUCUCCCCUCUCCCCUCUCUCCUCUCCUCUUUACUCUCUCCUCCCCCUCUCCUCUCCUCUCCUUACUUUGUUUAAAAGAAUAGAAGCACACCCAGUGAGCAAGGCAUUGAGCAGCCCCACAUCCCGCUUCACAAUACCGCUACAUAUUGACUGACUGUUUGCAUUGUGUGUGUUUGGUAAGACAAACCACAUUUUCUACUUUCUGCUAUUUUAAAAGGAGCCCAGUUUGGUGCAGGAGGCUUGUGGG